UGGUUUCCCUUGUGCUCAGACUGCCCCACACAUGCAUUCACCUGAUGAAGAACAUCUGGAGUGUCCUGGAGAGCCUCUGUGGAGCUUCAUCACUAAAGAUGUCCCUGAAGCAGAUUUAAAACUGAUCGAGACAGUACUGAAUCCCUCUAUGUUAACGGCAUACAAAGAGGCAAAGAAGAAUUACCAACUUUGGCAGGAGAGUCGGGGUCAUGGAAACCAUCAGAACAAUACACAGACUGACUUCACCCGACGGCAAGGUCUUCCUUUUUCUGACCCACCUGCUCUGAAAGAGUUGUUGCGAGGUGAGGUCAAGAUGCUGCUGAAGACCCUAAAAGAAAGAGCAUGCAACGGUGAAAGAGAUGCUGAGGAUCUCUUGCUGCAACACAAACCUGAGACUCUUCACUAUGUGCUUCAGCACCAGGAGAUCACUCACAGCAGAUCCCCAAACCUCAAAGAUGCAGAUAACAUCAGCAGAGGUCCUAGCCCUUGUUGUUCCAUCAUGUCCGGUGCUGAAGGUGAGAUUGAAGCAGUUAAAGACAAGGUGAACUCCACUGAGAUUUACCAAGUGAUUACUAAACUCAGCUGUAUACUAAUGGAGGAAUGUGAAGAACUGAAUAAGAGGGCAGAGCAUCUAAAGGAAAGCAUGACAUUAAAGUAUGAGAGCAAAACAACAAAGCCUGAACCUUCACUUAUAGAGCUGAAAAACCUUAGAGCAUCACUUCAAAGAGACUUGGAGCUCCUACCUUCACCGUUAGGAGCCUCAUCUUCUGCUCAUGUUUGUAGGCCAAAGAAAAGCCCCAGACUUCCACCUUUAACCCAUUCAGAUUCUCAGUUAGUUCCUAAAUCAGACUUGCCUUCACUGCAGAACGUCAAACCCAGGCCACCGUGUCAUGAUCCUCCUGCCAGGACCUCAUCAGGGAGGACUCUUGGUUUACAUCGUUUCACAAUAGUUAAACCUUCCAGCACCAACAGGAUGGGCACUGAGCCAGAUGUUACUGCCCUUUGCUUCAGGACUUCUUCAAGAUUUCCCCUAAACUCUGAGAUGAACCCAACCUACCCUGAGAAUCAUCCAUCCACACAAUGCUGUGUUGUCAGAUCAAGCACAGAUUUUGAUUGCUCAUCGCAAAGGGAGAGAAAAAACAGCCUUAUUUCUAGCUCAAGAAAUACCAGUAACAAUCCCUCACCUUCACUUCCUUUUGGUGAGCUCUGUGGAGAAGGCAGCAGCAGUCCUGAUGGCCAUUCUGAGUCUGUGGUUUGGAACAAACAAGCAGAAGACGGCAAAAACAAAAGCAGAAGUACAAGAAGCUCAGAGGUAAUAGUACUGCAGAAAAAUACACCAGAAAAGAUAAGUGGGAUCUCCCUCAUAUCUGGAACUUUGGAUCAAGGAGGCUUCAGGCAAAACAAUAGUAGGUUGGCAAACAAUAAAAAUGAUUACCUUGGAAUUAAUAACAUUAAUCAAAAAGGGAAAGAAAGCUUCAACUUGAUAGAGGACUCCUCACAUUAUCCAAAAAGCAGGAAUAUAUGUAAUCAACUGCAGACUGCAGACACAAACUAAAAAAAAACAACUUCUGCUCACCUGAAGAAAUAUGGACCAGAAAGCUGCAGGAAACAAAUAUGAAUAUAUUUUAAAAUAAUACACAAAUAAAAUUUUUUUGUU